AUGGUACCUGCUCGGCUCGGCUCGCCUCGGCCCGGCUCGGCUCAACUCGGCCUGGGUCGACUUGACUCGGCUCGGCUCCCCCGCGGUGCCCCGUCCUCUUUUUCCAUUGCAGACUAUUAUUUGGUGACAGUGCAGGAGUCCUACGCUCAUCUUGAUCAGAUUUAUUACACCAGCUGCACCGACAUCCUCAACUGGUUCAAGUGCACCAGACACAGGGUGAGCUAUCGGACAGCCUAUCGCAGAGGAGAGAAGACCAUGUACCGGAGAAAGUCCCAGUGCUGCCCAGGCUUCUACGAGAAUGGAGAGAUCUGUUCUGCUCAUUGUGCAGAGAGCUGUGUCCACGGCCGCUGCAUGGCCCCCAACACCUGCCAGUGUGAGCCGGGCUGGGGGGGCUCCAACUGCUCCAGUGCUUGUGACAGCAGCCACUGGGGUCCCCACUGCAGUAACAGGUGUCAGUGCCAGAACGGCGCCCUGUGUAACCCCAUCACCGGAGCCUGCAUCUGCACUCCAGGGUACCGAGGAUGGCGCUGCGAGGCCCAGUGUGAGGUGGGCACCUAUGGGAACGGAUGCCAGCAGAAAUGCCAGUGCCAGAAUGGAGCCGCCUGUCACCAUGUGACCGGAGAAUGCAAGUGCUCACCAGGAUACACUGGAGCUUUCUGUGAAGCCCUGUGUCCUCCAGGUAAACAUGGACAGCAGUGUGAGGAGAGAUGUCCGUGUCAGAACGGAGGAGUGUGUCACCAUGUGACUGGAGAGUGCUCCUGUCCUGCAGGAUGGAUGGGGACAGUGUGUGGACAGCCAUGUCCAGAGGGGAGAUUUGGACAGAACUGUUCCCAGGAAUGUCAGUGUCACAACAACGGCUUCUGUGUGCUGUCCACUGGACAGUGUCUCUGCAGCCCUGGGUACACGGGAGAACGGUGCCAGGACGAGUGUCCUGUGGGAACGUACGGCGCUGGCUGUGCCAAGACGUGUCGCUGUAAGAACAACGGCCAGUGCUACCACACCAACGGGAUGUGUCUGUGUGAGCCGGGCUACACGGGGGACAUAUGUGACGUCCGACUGUGUCCUGAAGGACGCUAUGGCCUCCGCUGUGACAGGAUGUGUCCCUGCUACGCCCAGAACACGCGCAGCUGCCACCCAAUGUCAGGGGAGUGCACUUGUCAGCCGGGUUGGUCCGGCCUCUACUGCAACGAGACGUGCACCCCGGGGUUUUACGGCGAGUCCUGCCAGCAGGUGUGCCAGUGCCAGAACGGUGCUGACUGCCACAGUGUGGGCGGAGAGUGUAUCUGCGCUCCAGGGUUCACGGGUCCGAACUGUUCAGUCCUCUGCCCAGCCGGGACGCACGGGGCACACUGCUCCUCCAGCUGCACCUGCAAGAACAGAGCACAGUGCUCACCUGUGGACGGAUCCUGCUCCUGUAAACCAGGGUGGCACGGGGUGGACUGCUCCAUCAACUGCCCCAGCGGGACCUGGGGGCUGGGCUGCAACCUCACCUGUCUGUGUGCGAACGGGGGGGCAUGCAACGCCCUGGACGGCCUCUGCACCUGUGCUCCGGGCUGGAGGGGAGAGCGCUGUGAACUCCACUGCCAGGACGGCACCUACGGGCUGGGCUGCAGAGAGCGCUGCGACUGCAGCCACGCUGAUGGAUGUCACCACGCCACUGGGCACUGCCGCUGUCUGGCCGGAUGGACGGGUAUCCACUGUGACAGUGUGUGUGCCGAGGGCCGCUGGGGCCCAAACUGCUCCCUCCCCUGUAACUGUAAGAACGGAGCGUCGUGCUCUCCGGAUGAGGGGACCUGCGAGUGUGCUCCGGGAUACCGAGGCCCCACCUGCCAGAGGAUCUGCUCUCCAGGUUACUUUGGUCACCGCUGCAGUCAGACCUGUCCCCAGUGCGUCCAUAGCAACGGGCCGUGUCACCACGUCACGGGACAGUGUGACUGCCUGCCGGGCUUCAAGGGGGCGCUGUGUAACGAGGUGUGUCCCAGCGGCCGCUUCGGGAAGGUCUGUGCGUGGAGCUGCAGCUGCACCAACAACGGCACCUGUAACCCCAUCGACGGCUCCUGCCAGUGUUACCCCGGAUGGAUCGGCAGCGACUGCUCCCAGCCAUGUCCGCCGGGUCAGUGGGGGCCCAACUGCAUCCACACGUGUAACUGUCACAACGGAGCUUACUGCAGCGCCUAUGAUGGAGAAUGCAAGUGCACCCCCGGAUGGACCGGCCUCUACUGCACACAGCGCUGUCCCUUAGGCUUCUAUGGGAAGGACUGUUCUCAGACCUGCCAGUGUAGGAAUGGAGCCGACUGUGAUCACAUCUCUGGACAGUGCACCUGCCGCACCGGAUUCAUGGGACGCCACUGUGAACAAAAGUGUCCACCUGGUUCCUAUGGUUACGGCUGCCGUCAGGUCUGUGACUGUCUAAAUAACUCCACGUGUGAUCACAUGACUGGUACAUGUUACUGCAGCCCGGGCUGGAAGGGAGCUCGCUGUGACCAAGCGGGUGUGGUGGUGGGCAGCCUCAACAGUUUGACCAGCGCAGCCAUGCACGUGGACACGUACCAGAUCGGAGCCAUCGCGGGGAUCAUCGUCCUGGUGCUGCUGGUGCUCUUCCUCCUGCUCCUCUUCAUCGUCUACAGGAAGAAACAGAAGGGCAAGGAGCCGAGCAUGCCCGCUGUGAGCUACACCCCGGCUCUGAGGGUCCCUGCUGACUACAGCAUCGCAGAUGCUCACGCUCCGGCAUGCGAGGCCCUCCCCAGCAACUACUUCUCCAACCCCAGCUACCAUACUCUGACCCAGUGCAUCGGGGCCCCGCAUCUUAACAAUGGCCCAUAUGGAAAGGCCAAGAGCAGCCAGCUGUUUGUGAAUAUGAAGAAUGUAGAUCAGAGGAAGAGGGCGACUCUAGCGGAGCACACUGGCACGCUGCCGGCAGACUGGAAACAAGAAGACUGCUUCAAUGAACUGGGGAGACAUUAACAUUACCGCCACUGAGCCUACGGAGUAGACAGGAGAUACAUGGGAGAUCGCUACGAGGUAGAUCUGAAGGGCACGCCGUAUCACUCCAGCUCCUGUUCCCUUGAAAGCUCUGAAAACCCUUACGCCACGAUAAAGGACCCUCCCCUGCUGACAGCCAAAAACAUAGAGUGUGGCUACGUGGAAAUGAAGUCCCCGGCCAGACGGGACUCACCUUACGCCGAGAUCAGCAACAGCAGCCCGACCAACAAGAGGAAUGUGUACGAAGUUGAGCCGACUGUGAAUGCCAUCCAGCUGACUGGAGACAGCAACGGCCGGUUUGGUCAAGAUCCGUACGACCUACCGAAGAACAGCCACAUCCCCUGUCACUAUGACCUCCUGCCAGCCAGGGAGAGCCCCCCCCCACAGGACAAGGAGCUGGACAGUGAAUGACGGCACAGAGACUCAGCACAGAGACCAGGUCUCACCUCCAGUCUGCAGCUCCGGCAGCAACAGGCACACUAUACACCCACAACAUGCUUUCACUUGUUUUCUCGCUGUUAUACGACUGUAUCAUGUACCAUGACUUCUUACUGAACAAAGUGGGUAUACAAGAGUUUGAAGGUUAAUUUGUGUGGGAGCUACGGUCUGAGUCUGCUUUGAACAAAGACGGUUAUCUGACCACUGCUAACAGCAACUCUUCCAGAUGGCCCCACUCAGCGGGGGGUUAGAAACAGCCUGCUGUCCUAGACUCUGCCCGCCGGCCUCUCUGGUCUCUCUCCAACAACUCGCAGCCUCGACACGACAACUGCUACUAACGGGGAAGCAAGUGCAAAGCAUUUCUGGGUUUUAUCACUUGGUUGUAUAUAUGGAUGAAAAGUGACCUUUCCACACCACCGCACACCUCGCACGCAGAAGUGGACGUGAUUGUUGGAUGUAUCGGAAGGUCACUGGUUGCGUCAGAAUUCGCAUGCUAAGCACUACGUACCCAAUGGACGCACCAAAGCUGUCAUUUUCAACGUCACUUCCUGAGGGCCUCCUUGUCGUUGAAGACGAGUAACCAUGGUAACUGCCGCCAGAUAACACUUAAAUUACUUAAAAAGGAAAUCAACUAGAGCCACAGUCGCAGAGGAAAAAAUCACAAUCAUGUGUAAAAAGUAAAUGAAGCUCAUUGGCCGCUGCCUAUGAGCGUUAUGAACGUUGUUGUUACUACCGCAUUGCAUUGUGGGAUACUGAUGCUGGCGUAGUGUCCAGUGUUUGCAUACUGUAACGUUUCACUGGAAAUAGUAUGCAAUUCACAGACUAUUGGUUUCAUACUAAGAUUUUGGACGUA